UUAAUAACAUUUGUUUAUUGUUUAUGUUUUUACGAUCAGCUGGUACGAAAUAAUUGUGUCCAUUGUGUUUUUAAAUAAUAUUUAAUAAGAUAAUAAUUAUUAUAUUAUUAUUGCUAUAUAUAAUUGUUUGAUUUUUUGUUUCUCUCGAGUUUGCAUUCAAUUGCUAGGGAAGAAAAUGUCUGCUGUUGGUGUUCGUGUGGAGAGGGACAAACCUCUGACUGUGUUCAAGAGUGUUGCUCCAAAGAUGGUUCCCUUCAUGAAGACUUUGGCAGUUUACUUCAUCUUGUUUGGACCGGCUGCCAAAUACGAAUCCAUCUUGUACUGCAUCAUCAAAUGUCUUCCAAUCAUUUCCCUCAUCGUCUUUGUCCUUCUGCAUGGAAUGAGUUUCUCUGAAUAUUAUUCAUAUUCAAGGAAGGUGAUGUUUGGUUUGGUGUUCUGCUGCAUUGGGGAUGCCUUCAUGGUGUGGAAAACUUGUGGAUACUUCAUGCACUCCAUGUUCUUCUUUGGGUUAGGACAGAUUUGCUACACGUCUGCUUUUGGGUUCAAGCCAUUCAACAUUCUGGCAGCUCUCUUCAUAGGACUGAUCAAUGGUGCAAUGUACUUCUUUUUCUUUAGUGGUGUCAAAAGGUCGAUAGCGAUAUUCUUGGGAGUAUAUGUGGUCCUGCUGAGUAUGAUGGUGUGGAGAGCUGUUUCAAGGGUCAGGUUUUUUGAUGACCUCUGGACCUGGACCAAGCUCUGCAGCUGCGUUGGAGCCGUUCUCUUCAUGAUUUCAGAUUUCACGAUCGGGAUACAUGCAUUUUACACACCACUCUACUACUCGCAUCAGAUCAUCAUGACGACGUACUAUGCGGCACAGUUUGGGAUUGCACUGUCGGUGGUGGACAGUCAAGUUGAUGCUUUCCUGGCCGAAGAAAUCAGCAGAUACGAGAAGAGUUUGAAGUCUGAAUGAGUGUCCUGCUACUGCUACUGAAUAUGAGUGAAUGUAGGUAAACGUGUGUAGAUGUGUUUGGUGUAAAAUAUGUUUCAUGAACAAUCUCGAACAGGUAUUGAACUUCUUAUAUGAUUCCAACAACAUAAUAAGAUUCUUUUUUAAAGAUUUAUUACAUUAGAUUUGUUGUCACAUUCUUCAUGGCUUUUCUUUUACACAUCUCCCAAAUUAAAUUUUUCAAAUAUGUUUGAAGAGCUUGUUAGAAAUUUCGUGAAGAUGUGAUUUGAAAUAUUUUGCAAAUUUUUUAUUGUUGAUAAUUUCGAUGUUUCUUGGUUACUAACCAUCUAGUCCUUCGGUCUUGUUAUGAAAGCGCAAGUUGGUGUUUGGAGAAAAAAUGAUGUAGUCACCUAGCUAUGUACAGACGAUAGAUUUAAAAAGUAAAAUUUGUGAUUUUUCAGGUUUCAAUUUUUUGUUGUAUAUAAAUAAUUACAUGAAGAAUUAAUUUUUUUAUUUGGAACUUGAUGGAUUUAAAUGAA